AUGUCGGCCCCCGACACGCAGCGGAGGCCCAGCAACCGUUACAUAGAGUACCUGCACAUGUACACGCGCCGCCUGCGCCUGUCCGCGCCCGGCCCGGCCAAGGACGGCGCCGGCCUCAUCUGCGGCUCGGGCCUGCACGGCCGCGCGACGCCGCUCAAGGGCAAGGGCAUGCCGCCCCCGGACAACAAGGAAGCGGACUUCAACGCGGGCGGCAUCCGCAUGGUGCCCGGCGUGUGGUGCCACCACGCGGACACGGACGUGCUCAACGCGCGCCGCCCCAUCACGGCCGCUGACCUGGCGUUCCGGCCGUCGGUGCGCUACUUUGCCAGCGCGUUUGCGUCCAGCAUGAAGGGCGCCGCAGCGGUCGUUGUGCAGGAGGAGCCGGAGAAGCGGAUGGUGCGGCGUCGCGGCGCCCAGGCGCCGCUGGACGGCGUCGUCCACACCAAGCGCCGCGUGCACGCGGACUCGGAUGAGGCGACCAGCCUGGACUGGUGGGACAGCCCGCGCAGCAGCACGCGGUCGUGGCAGCUGCCCAGCCGCCCCGUGACCGCGGACAGCAUCAUCCGCCACCGCUACUCCGACCCCAGCAGCGACCCCAGCCCCGCAAAGCUGAACACGGCCCGCAACGCGGGGCCGACCCAGUCCAAGCCCACACCGGAGGCGUCGCGCGCGGUCUUCAACACCGCCCUCGACGGCUACUGCGCCAACAAGGGGCGCGCGCACUACGGCAGCACCUUCCGCCUGGGCUGA